ACUCAGUUGAGUACGGCGGCGUUUUGGGUGCGGUGCGCGGCGCGGCAGUCAGCGAGUCAGUUUUUAACGCAGCUAACGUAUUUCAAUGAGCACCGGUGAAAAGUUUAAUUUUUUGCACUUUUUGUAUUGAAUUUAUUCGGGAGACACUGGUGAAAUAUUGUGCGUGAUUAUUGUUACUAAAAAGUUUGACUUUGAGUUAUAAAAAGCCCAUCAACAUGGCCACAGAAGUCACUAAAACCGUGCCGGAAAACACAGAAAAAGAGAAGGAAUUGAAGGAAGAAACGACGGUGGACAACGGACAAACUAAAGAGGAGGCACCACCAGAAAAAACAGAAGAAAAGGCGGAUGAAAAGAAAGCUGAACCACCAGCACCAAAACCCACCGUUCACAAAGCUAAUUACGAAAAGGACGUGGUUUACUUGUAUCAGUUCUCGCGGACGCCUUUGUUACCAUCGACUUCUCCGUACUGCUUGAAAGUAGAGACAUGGCUUCGUUUGGCUGGCAUCAAGUAUGAGAAUGUACUGCACAUGGCCAAGUUCCGGUCCAAAAAAGGCCAGCUGCCUUUCGUGGAGCUCAAUGGUGAAGAAAUAGCUGACAGCACUUUCAUCAUCAAAGAGCUCUCUGAGAAAUACAACAAGGAUCUCGACGCUGCACUGACAGCGGAGCAACGAGUGGUCGCGCACGCGAUGAUCUCCAUGAUCGAGAACCACCUGUCGUGGGUGAUCCUGUGGUGGCGCGCCAAGUACCCGGACAGCGUCAUCAAAGGCUACCAGGUCAACCUGCAGAGCGCCCUCAACACCCGCCUGCCCAACCCCAUUCUGAACUUCUGCUACAAGUUCACAUCUGGGCGCAAGGGCAUGAAGAAAGCAAAGGCCCACGGCAUCGGCGUUCACAGCCAGGAUGAGAUCAUUGAAUUCGGAAAGAACGACCUCCGUGUCCUUUCCGAUUAUCUGUCCGACAGGCCAUUCUUCUUUGGGGAUGAACCCACACUGCUGGACGUGGUGGCGUUCUCGAAUCUCGCACAACUGCAAUUCAUCGACAAGGAUGUGUCCCAUCCGCUGCGAGAUGCGAUGAACGAAUCGUUCCCAAACCUGGUGGGGCUCGUGUCGCGUAUCAAGGAGCGCGCGUUCACCGACUGGGAGGAUAUCUGCGCCACGCUGGACCUCAACGCGCACCUGCCCAAGCCCGUGAAGGAGGCCAAGGAGGCCAAGGACAAGGACAAGGAGGGCAAGGAGAAGGAGGGCACCGGCCCGGCCGAGAAGCAGCCUCUCCCGGAGGAACCCGAGAAGGGCAAGGGCGACGAGAAAGAGAAGGAGAUGGAGAAGGAGCCGGAGGAGAAGAAGGACAAGGACGAGAAGGAGAAGUAAACGCCGUGACGAAACACGAAUGAAUUCAAUACCGUAAUUUUACCAUUUCAAUUUUACACUAAGAGUCAGACUCGUAAUAGAUUCUGUAUAUUGUAAGCGUGUAAAUCCAUUUGUCUUUCCCGUUUCUUUCAGUUGUGGACGCCCAUGCGUCUUUUAACUAUUAUUGUUCUUUUGUUUUAUUUUGACAUUUAUAUAAAUUGCUUGGUGUCGUGUCGUAAAUUGUAUAUUUGUAUCAGUAGAGUGAGGCCGGAGCAGAUCGCCGGAAUUCGGUUUUAAACAAUCUUAACAGACAGACGAUUGUAUUUUAUGGAUUACUUUAAUGCUUUUUAUGAUAUUAUUCACGUAAAUGUUUGUUUUAACUUUUAUUCAGAAUUAAUGAAGUAAUAUCAGAUAAGUAAUUUUGGUUAUUAAGGUACUUACAGGAUUAAUGAAUAGAUAUACAUGUAUUCACAUAAAUUAAAUAGUUUUAACUAAGGAUACCUUAAUGUUAACAUUCAUAUGUAUUACAUUGUAUGGUUACGAACAGAUUUCUCCGUGAUUCAACAUUUUAAUCAAUUUAAUGUAAUUCGUAGUUAGGGAGCGUCACAUGACUAAGUGUUAGUAUCAUACUCGUAUAGGUAUUACAGUUUAUGAGAAUAGUACAUCACUCACCGACAUUUCAAAAUUAAUAGCGCCCAACGUAAUUUUAAAUGAAAUUUGCUACAAAAAUUUAAGUCUAGUAUAAAUUAGUACCAAUUUGGCUGAAGUUAGUAGAUUAAUAGAGAAGAAAGUAUUAACGCAAUUGUCUAAAGCAAAGCUCGCUCACAUGUAACAUAGAAAGAGCUGGCGUGUGAUUAGACUGUUUUGAGAUUCUUGUACUUUAUUGGUUUUUACAAAUGAAAUUUACAAUUUACAAUUUUUGAUACACGAAAAGCCUGGAAGACUGUUUUUCAAGUUAUUAUGUAAUUCAUAGUCCAUAAAAUUUUGAUAUUGUAUUAAUUGUUAAGGUUAGGAAAAUUGUACUCAAAUUUUAUAUUGUCAAAAUUAACAUCCCCUUUAACAUAAUGACAGUCGCCGAGUCCAGGCGUCCGCGCACAUUCCAUCGUGCCGCGCUGUCCAGUGAAAAUGCACACAUUUUCAUGAGUCUUCGUCAUUCCAGCUUAAGAACUACUCAUAUAACUCAAUUGCUGCAUUUAUUUUAACGCAUACAUGUUUUUAAAUUAGUUUCGUAUGGUCUGAGCACAAUGUAGGUAUGUUACUUUACAAUACUCAAAACUAAGACUGCUUUUGUCAAUAUUCACGGAGAUUAAUUAAUAGUUUCGACUGAAUUAGGAGAGGCCAUUUUUAAAAUUAAAAUAACCCUAAAUUAAAAUAGGGCGUUAGUCACUGAAACAGGCUUAUUACUCUAAUAUUAUGUAGAUAUUAAUAACAUAGCACACCAUUUAUUACAUGUAUCUUGAUUGGACUUUGUGUUGCUAACAUCUGUGAGCGUAGUGGUUUCGAACAGUGAAGAGCUUCGCGGGACCUUUGCUUGAGGGUAGGUUGUAAAGAAGUCGGUCGUUGUUCAUGCGGUGAUUGAUAAAGGGCAUUUUGGAUUUAGCAUGACACACAUUUCGAACGAUAUAAUAUUAGCGUUAUCAAUCAUAUUAUGAUAAUCGUAAGAUAUGUUAGUAGACAGACGUAGCGCUCGCGCGUUACGCUUAGGGUUAGGCAGAGGGCGAGGCCAGAGGAUCGCUCGUAGUUGUAAUACCAGUAAUAUAAAAACUAAAAUAGGAAGAACUUUUAUUUGACGUAUGAAUUUUAAUUUUGAUUCUAGGGGAAUGGUUGACUUCGUCCCUCCCGACAACUGCUGACCAUCACUGCCAUUAGUCUCAGAUGUAAGGAAUUAAGAAUAAGGAAGUAAAUAGUUUAGGAAAUAUGGAUGUUCUGUACACGGGCUCAUACAUAGGCGCGGAGAACUCCUGUUGCGUCGUUCGUGCUACAGAUACUGACCGCUAUGAAUAAUAACGUACCUAUAUAGUGCACAUUACAAUAGUUUUUGUAUCAUCGCUAUUAGAUUCAGGAGGCCAGCAUCAGACCGCUAUCUUGUACUCGAGCCUGUUUCAGUGCAUUGCGACAUCGCACUCAUUGCCGGGAACCAUUCUCAUGAAAGUGUUGUCAUCACGCGAGCUUCUGACGUAUUCAAUGGAAAUGGUCGUCAUCCAGGAUGUUGCUGAAUACGGAAAAUAACAGUCGCAGGCCAUUACUUAGGGCUAGUUAAGGUUCAGACUAGACUUACAAGAACAAGACACUACACCAACUCAUACAUAACCGACCGCCACCUAAUUGGGGCCAAGAAAGCUACACUGAUGGGCCUGUUACGUUUUUAUUGUGAAUUGGUUCUGUAUUUUAUACCGUUUAUGUUAAUUGAUUAUAUUCAUCCAUAUUUAAUUUUAUUGUUCUUUAUUUUCUCACCCUAUGAUUAUUUUUUACGUAACAUGACAUUAAAUUCCAUCUUGAUGUGUUGUUGUAAGUUAGCACUAUAUAUUAUACAAAUUAAUCAUAAAUACUGCUAAUGUUAAUUGUAAGAAUUUCAAGUAUGUUCAUAUUAUUAGUGACGUAGAAAACGAUUUUAAGGAAACGAUCUGUUAUGUUCUCAUUUAAAAAUAGUAUGAUAUUCCAUUCCAUAAUUCAUAAUAGUAAUUGUGGUUUUCAAUUAUUGUGUCAAUGAUAUUUAAAAAUAAGUAAUAUUCAUCUAGAUAUUAAAUGUAAGCCAUUAUUGUACCGAUUAAACAUAAAACUGAGCUUUCUGGACACAUUGUUCUCGUAAGGAUAUCAGUGUAAUAUUCUGUCGCCAUUAAAGUAUGUAUCAACAAUAA